GCUAGGGGUUGAUUUGGGACUGGCCACCUGUGUGUCUGUUAGUUGACUAACACAGUGUUACCUGUCCCCAGGUGCCUGGGUCACAGCUACAGACCUGCCAGAGAUCCUGGGUAACCUGAGAGCCAACCUGCUCCGUAACACAAGAGGGCGCUGUAGGUACACUCCCCAAGCUGCAGCUCUGUCCUGGGGUCCUGACGUGGAACGGAUUUACCCCAGAUCCGUCUAUCGCUAUGACUACGUGCUGGCGGCUGACGUGGUGUAUCACCAUGACUACCUGGAAGAGCUGCUGUUCACCAUGAGAUACUUCUGCCGUCCAGGAACCACUCUGAUCUGGGCCAACAAGGUCCGCCUCGAGACAGACCUGAGAUUCACUGAGGACUUCCAGAACACCUUCAACACCACACUGCUGGCUGAGAUAGGACAAGUAAACAUAUUCAUGGCCACGUGUCGAGAAACAGAGGUGGAACCGGAGCUGGUCCGAGGAAUACAACAGGAAGAGGAGGAGUUGGAGGAAGAGGAGGAGGAAGAACGCGUCACAGAGUGUGUACAGGAGGAGGAAAAUGGUUUAGAGGAAGAGGAGGAAGUGGUUGAGGCCGUUGAAACAACUGGAGAAGGAGGUAGAAGACGAGACGAAAGAGGAGGGACCGAAAGAGGAUGAGGAGAACCAGGAAGACUCUGAGGAAUACAGAGACGUCGAAGAGCAGCACAUUUCUACUGACCCUCGUUCUACCUCCCAAUCAGAGCUUGAGGGUCUUGAGGAGGAAGACACUCAGGACUCAAAUGUCCAGCAGCAGGAGAGACCAGUCUGGGUCGAGGAGUUUGUUGUGGAGGAAGACACUCAGGACUCAAAUGUCCAGCAGGAGGAGAGACCAGUCUGGGUCGAGGAGUUUGUUGUGGAGGAAGACACUCAGGACUCAAAUGUCCAGCAGCAGGAGAGACCAGUCUGGGUCGAGGAGUUUGUUGUGGAGGAAGACACUCAGGACUCAAAUGUCCAGCAGCAGGAGAGACCAGUCUGGGUCGA